GGAGGAGGGGAGCCGCGGAGACGGGUCAGCCGCGGCGGCAGGGGCGGCGGCGGCGGCAGCCGUGCAGCUCCGCUCCCCGCGCGUCUCCCGUCCCCGCGCCCAUAUAGGGCGCGCAGCCCCGCCGCCGGGAUGCUGCCGCCCGCCCGCCGCGGCCGCCGCCUGGCGCUGCCGGCACUGCUCUCACUGCUCACCUGCUCCCUGGCUUUUGCUUUGGUUUCUGAAGAUGUGAAGAAAGAGGCCAUACAGUCUAAGAAUUUGGAGAAAAGUGAUAUAUCAAAGAAAAAUGACAUAGAUUUAAAAGAAAUUGUAUUUGUCAUCCAGAGUCAAAGUAAUUCUUUUCAUGUGAAGAAAGCAGAACAGUUAAAACAAAGCAUCCUAAAGCAAUCUGCAGAUCUUACACAGGAAAUGCCCACCGUGCUCCUCCUUCACCAGCUGGCUCAGCAGGAAGGCGCGUGGACCAUACUUCCGUUGUUACCGCUCUUUUCUGUAACAUAUAGCAGAAAUUCAUCAUGGAUUUUCUUCUGUGAAGAAGAGACAAGAAUACAAAUUGUACAACUCUUAGAAACACUCAGAAGAUAUGACCCAUCAAAGGAAUGGUUUUUAGGAAAAGCAUUACAUGACGAAGAAUCUACAAUAAUUCACCAUUAUGCCUUUUCUGAAAAUCCUACAGCUUUUAAAUAUCCUGACUUGGCUGCCGGCUGGGCCCUUAGUAUCCCACUGGUAAACAAGCUUACAAAGAGAUUAAAGAGUGAAUCCCUGAAAUCUGACUUCACGAUAGAUUUAAAACAUGAGAUCGCGCUCUACAUCUGGGAUGGAGGGGACGGACUCCCGCUCACGCCCGUGCCCGAGUUCUGUACAGACACUGUGGGCUCCUCCUGCGCCACCUCGUUCCAGUCUUCCCUGCCGCUUUGUGGAAAUCCAGUGAAGAAGGAGGAUAUUUUUGUUGCAGUGAAAACAUGCAAGAAGUUUCAUGGUGAUAGAAUCCCCAUCGUGAAGCAGACUUGGGCGGGGCAGGCAGGGCACCUCGAAUACUACAGUGAUUACGCAGACAGCUCCAUUCCGACGGUGGAUCUGGGGAUUCCUAACACAGAUAGAGGUCAUUGUGGAAAGACAUUUGCCAUUUUGGAAAGAUUUCUAAAUCACAGCCAUGACAAAAUACCGUGGUUGGUCAUUGUGGAUGAUGACACAUUAAUAAGCAUCUCCAGGCUCCGGCACCUGCUGAGCUGCUACGACGCCCGUGAACCCGUGUUUCUGGGAGAGCGUUACGGCUAUGGGCUGGGCACCGGAGGCUACAGCUACAUCACGGGAGGAGGAGGAAUGGUUUUCAGCAAAGAGGCCAUCAGGAGACUUCUCGCCAGCAAGUGUCGCUGCUACGGCAACGAUGCUCCAGAUGACAUGGUCCUAGGCAUGUGCUUCAGUGGCUUAGGAAUCCCCGCGACUCACAGCCCUCUCUUCCAUCAGGCGCGGCCCGUGGAUUACCCUAAGGACUACCUGUCUCACCAGGUUCCCGUGUCUUUCCACAAGCACUGGAACAUCGAUCCCGUGAAGGUCUACUUCACGUGGCUGGCGCCCCGUGAGGAGGACCGAGCCAGACAGCAGAACCGAAGAGGCCUCAGAGAGGAGCUGUGAAGCACGGAGCCCACGGGCACGGGUCGGAGGCCGAGACUCGCGCUCUCCUGCUGGGCUGCGUCUCGAGGCUCACCUGUACGUGACACACGGCGUUGGAAGCGUCCUGACUGCAGGUGGACGUGUGAUGUGGUCAUUUUUGAGUUGGGGGCGGGGAAGAAGUCAUAGAGAAAAUAGAUUUUUUUUCUUUUCUGGGGAAAAAAAAUCACUUGCGUUGGCAUUAUGCAGUUCUUGUAAUACACAAUGAUUACUGUGUAUUUUUCAAGCUGUGAAACAGCAGCUUUAUUUCUGUCACAGAAAAAUAAAUGGUACCAGAAGUCUCCUUCCUGUCCUCGCCCUUCAUUAUAACGGACGUGUCAGCUGGGCAUGAGGCUGGAGAGACGUGACUGUCUUCACCAUUAUACAUAAAAUAAAGAAGAGAAGGUGUCUUGACCUGGAUGUUACCAUGGGGCCAACUUUUAAACCAUACUAUUGAUGAUCGAAAUGAUUUCCUGGUAACUCAGUAGGAAGACUGCUAUAUUAAGGAUCAUUCGUAAAACAUCAUAAAAGUCUAGCAAAUGAAAAAAGCCCCUGGAGUCUGUAAUCAGGGUUGUUAUGUUUUAUCUGUUUUUCUGUUUAUGCCUCAUAAAAAGAGAAUAAGAAGUCUUCUGCGAGAGUUUUCUGCUUCUUUAGAGGUUCAUCUGUGUUCUGUUUCUCCCUGAAGCCCUAUUUUUAUGACCUACUUAUAACACAAAAGUGUACUGACUGCUGCCAGAAAAGUGUUCUCAGUAUUUAAAAAACAGCGUUGUAUUUUAUUCAAGUCACUGAGUUCUGUGUAAAGUCUCAUCAAGUAUAUUAAAUUAAUUGUACCUGGUAUUUUAUUCUUAUUGUAUAUUACGUAAUGACUCCAGACUCAGAAAGGACCUCCCCAGUGUCAGGGAGGGCUGCAUGGUGAUUUGGCAACUUCCCAGGGUUCUCAAGGAAUUAAAUCUGCAAACAGUACUUUGAAACUGCACUAAUUUCCACAUCAUCGCUUUAAUAUAUAGUAAUUUAAUACACUAUUAAUUUUUAAAGCUUAUUCUGUAUUUGACAUUUAAUUAUAUAAUUCCAUUUUCUAAAGGUCUUUGCACAAAAUUUGAUUUUACUGUGUCUUAAACUAAUUUUGGCAUAGUAAAAUACUUUUUAAAAAAUAAAAAUUAUUAAUUUUGUUUAUAAUGUUUUUAUAUCCAAGCAUAGGGUCUUAAAGCUGUGCCACCAAACGUACCCAUGUGUGUGUUUUAACGAUACAUUUUUCUUGCAGCUUAUAAGGAUUUCCAAAACAAUGCAAUAGUAUUUAUCAUUUUUCCAAACCAGCCAAUACCAAGACUGGUGUGUUUUCAGUGAUAACUGAACACACUGGAUUCAUUUCUCUGAAAGUGGAUUUUGUGGUCUGUCCGGGGAAUGGAUCCAGCGUGAUCGGUUGGGUGAGACGCGCCUGAAGGAUUUACGCGUCUGGACGCCACGGCUGAUGACGUCAGCACGCUGUAGCUGGGAUUCCCGUCGCUGUCGCCGUCGUAGCCACCUUCGUGGUCCUGUAGUAACGCACCUGGAGGGCUGGGCUGCCUGACCCUGGAGAAAAGCCUUCAGCUCCUACUCGUGCCUGCCGUCGUCACACUCAGACGACAGUGUGUUCCUCUGACAGGACUGAACGUGAAGCAUCUCUACGUGAAGGGCCUCAUCAAGCUUUCUCUGUUACGAUGACCUGUGCCUUCUGCUGAUACCGGGGCGCCUCCUCUGGUACUUUUAGGUAUUCUGUUAAUUAUGUUUACUUUUUGGAACUGUGUAAGCCUAACAAUAAGUAAAAGGACUUUGCCUAA